CUUAUCUAACAACGAAGUCAUUCUUUCACAAACCUCAUUGAAAGAAUUGGCAGGAUUUUCGUGGGAAUCUCGCCGUCAGCAAGAAAAGUCAAAUAUCUAAUUCCCCUCGCACACAUUUUCACCAUGGCCGACUCUGGUGUUCAGGAAGCCGAGGCCGGCGUCGCCAAUCUGAUCUUGGACGAGGUCACUGGCGAGAAGGUGUCCAAGUCUGAGCUCAAGAGACGCCAGAAGAACAGAGAAAAGGAGGCAAAGAAGAAGGAGAAGGAGGCUGCUGCUCCAGCCAAGCCUAAGCAAGAGAAGCAGAAAUCUGCUGAAGAUGAGGAGUUAAAUCUAACUCCUAACCAAUACUUUGAAAUCCGCAGUUCCAAGAUUAACAAGCUACGCGAGACCAAGAACCCCGAUCCUUACCCACACAAAUUCCAAGUCACCAUCGAUGCGCGCAACUUCUUGACAGAGUAUGCAUCGCUAGGAAAGGGUGAAUUGAAACAAGAUACCACCGUGCAGGUCGCGGGACGUAUCGAAAACAAGCGUUCAGCAGGCACCAAGCUGUUCUUUUACGAUCUUCGCGCUGAAGGUAUCAAACUCCAGAUUCUGUGCCAGGCCCAGUACGCCACUGGUGAGGUUCCGUUCGCUGAACAACACGAACAAUUGCGACGAGGAGAUAUCAUUGGUAUCACUGGUUUCCCCGGACGCAGUAACCCCAAGACCCGUGAUGAGGGUGAACUGUCCAUCUUCGCGACAGAGGUCAAACUUCUUGCCCCUUGUCUGCAUGCUCUGCCCCGUGGUCUUCAGGAUUCGGAGACACGUUUCCGUCAGCGAUAUCUUGAUUUGAUCAUGAACGAGUCUUCACGUAAGGUCUUCACUACGCGUGCUAAGAUUGUCAGAUAUGUUCGUAACUUCUUUGAUUCUCGCGACUUCACUGAGGUGGAGACACCCAUGAUGAACGCAAUUGCCGGUGGUGCCACAGCCAAGCCCUUCAUUACCCAUCACAACGAUCUCAACUUGAAUCUUUUCAUGCGUGUUGCUCCCGAGUUGUACUUGAAGAUGUUGAUUGUCGGUGGUUUGGAGCGUGUCUACGAGCUUGGCCGUCAAUUCCGUAACGAAGGUAUCGAUCUUACUCACAACCCUGAAUUCACCACCUGUGAGUUCUAUUGGGCAUACGCCGAUGUUUAUGAUGUCAUGGACCUUACUGAGGAGCUUGUUUCGGGUCUGGUCAAACAUGUUACCGGUGGAUACGAGACCACUUUCCACACACAAUCCGGCGAAGUUUACAACGUCAACUGGAAGGCUCCCUGGAGGCGUGUGGAGAUGAUCCCCGCCCUUGAAGAGGCGACUGGCGAGAAGUUCCCUCCUGGUGACCAACUACACACCGACGAGACCAACGCAUUCUUGAAGAGAGUUCUGGAAAAGACCGGCGUUGAAUGCACUCCCCCCAUGACCAACGCCCGUAUGCUCGACAAGCUCGUCGGCGAAUUCAUUGAAGAAACCUGCAUCAACCCUACCUUCAUCACCGGACACCCACAAAUGAUGUCCCCUCUCGCCAAAUACCACCGCAGCAACAUCGGUCUCUGCGAGCGCUUCGAAGCCUUCGUCUGCAAGAAGGAGAUUGUCAACGCCUACACCGAAUUGAACGACCCCUUCGACCAACGUCUGCGUUUCGAAGAGCAAGCCCGCCAGAAAUCCCAGGGUGAUGACGAAGCUCAACUCAUCGAUGAGAACUUCUGCACGAGUCUUGAAUACGGUUUGCCUCCUACCGGUGGUUGGGGAAUGGGUAUCGAUCGUCUCGUUAUGUUCUUGACGGAUAAUUACAGUAUCAAGGAGGUUCUUACUUUCCCCUUUAUGAAGGAUGAUACGUCAGUGGAGAAGAAGCCUACAGCUGCUGAGGUUGUUGGUGUGACUCCUCAGCCGGAAGAGGGUAUUCCUCACAAAUAAUUCAAAAGAAAGUAGAAUGUUCAUAAAGAAAAGAGAUAACGGAAUUAGGGAAAUUAUAUGGGGUUUCUUAAAUAGCAUAGGGUGUUUGUAUUUGAUGUUUGCAGGUUAGCUAUGAGAGCUUAUGGACGAAAUGUUGCCAUGAGAUUAUGUAUCUCGGUUUCGACGAAUAAAUACUGUUUAUCAUUU